AUGAUUGGCAUCACCCUCAACAGCUGCAAGCGUCUUCCUGCCACUGUUCAGACCACUCGUCGCUUCCUUUCAAGCACCCCUGCCAACCUUCGCAACAUUGACCAUAUCAAGCGUGUUGGUGUGGUGGGCUCUGGCCAAAUGGGUUUGGGUAUUGCCUAUGUUGCUGCCAAUGUCGCACGUCUUCCAGUGGUGUUGAUGGAUAUCAACAAGGAGCAAACUGAUCGUGGUAUCCAGUUUAUGAACAAGUUGCUCGACAAGGAUGUUUCCAAAUCCAAAAUCACCGCUGAACAUGCCAAGGGCACACGUGAAUUAGUCUCCACCACCAACUCCAUGCAAUCCUUGUCGGAUGUUGAUAUCGUCAUUGAGGCUGCUUCCGAAAACUUGAACAUCAAGAAUGCCAUCUUCCGUGACUUGGACGCCAUUUGCAAAUCGGAUGCUAUCCUUGCCACCAAUACCAGCAGUAUCAGUAUCACCAAGAUUGCCGCUGCUACCAAAAAGGCCGAGCAGGUUAUUGGUAUGCACUUUAUGAAUCCCGUGCCUGUGAUGAAGCUCGUUGAAGUCAUCCCCGGUCUUGCCACCAAAGACGAUGUGCUUCAGGACACCCUUGCAUUGGCCAAGAACAUGGGCAAGACUACAACCGUUGCCGAGGAUAUCCCUGGUUUCGUUGCCAACCGCUUGUUGAUGCCCUACAUCAACGAGGCCGUCAUGCUCUUGGAGAGUGGUGCUGCAAGCGCUGAAGAUAUCGACACUACCAUGAAAUUGGGCACCAACAUGCCUAUGGGUCCCUUGACUUUGGCCGACUUUAUCGGCUUGGAUACCUGCUUGGCCAUCCAAAAGGUUCUCUAUGACAACACUGGCGACUCCAAAUACCGCCCUUGCUGGUUGUUGCAAAAGUAUGUUGAUGCUGGCUGGUACGGCAAAAAGAGCGGUCGUGGUUUCUACAACUAUGCCAAAUAA